GAUUGAUCUCAGUAACAUCCAAUGGAAGAUCAAGAAAGGUGUGAAAACGCAUCUCCAGAAACGAUUCAUCUUUGAGAUCACAAAUUUGGAUUUAAACCCACAAUCCCCCUUCUAACUUAUCUUCAUAAAGAGGAAGCCAGUUAGAGCUUCUUCCCAAAUCCAAGAACCAUUUCACUUGGAUUCCUAAAGCUCCAAAUUCUUCAAAGCAAAAAAGAUCUCCAUAUUCAAAAGGCCUUAAAUUUUCCCUACAGAUAACCAAAAAAAGUGGCUUAAACUUUGGAGGCAGAACCCUUCUCAGGAAACAUACCGAUGACUUCGAAACAAGUGUUGACUGAUUACACUAUGCUGUAAGACUCAACAUUUUCCAAUCCUAUAUACAUUUUUGUAUACUAUAAAUAGUAACUCUUGAGGGUUUUAAGAGGGAUGGCCAUGUGUUUCUUCUAGGAGAAAAGCACUUCCACCUUGUAUUCAGCACAAAAAGUGAGACUGAAAAACUCCACUUUCUGGUUUUUGCCAAAUACACCGGAAAGUUAUAUACAAGAAAGAAGAAAACAAGGAUGGAAGACAAGGUUGAUUCAGACAGGAUCGACGAUGUUAUGAUGCCCGGUUUUCGAUUCCAUCCCACGGAUGAGGAGCUCGUCGGAUUCUACCUCAAAAGAAAGAUUCAGCAGAGAUCACUUCCUCUUGAACUGAUUAAGCAAGUUGAUAUUUACAAGUAUGAUCCAUGGGAUCUUCCAAAGUUGGCAUCUAGUGGGGAGAAAGAAUGGUAUUUCUACUGUCCAAGGGACCGUAAAUACAGAAACAGCGCGCGGCCUAAUCGCGUCACAGGGGCUGGAUUUUGGAAAGCCACGGGAACUGAUAGGCCAAUUUACUCCUCAGAUGGAACCAAAUGCAUUGGCCUGAAGAAAUCCCUGGUGUUCUACAGAGGCAGAGCUGCCAAAGGGAUUAAAACUGAUUGGAUGAUGCACGAGUUUCGGCUACCUACAGCCACCACUAAUGAACCAGCUCCACCACCCAAGAAGCUCUCUGACAAAUCCCUUCCUCUUCAUGAUGCAUGGGCAAUCUGCAGAAUAUUUAAGAAAACAAACUCCUUAGCUCACAGGGCACUUUCUCAUCACAAUUGGAUAGCAGCACAAUUCCCUGAAACAUCCACUGAUAUGUUUUAUGCUCAGUACAGCUCAGAGAAUAUGUCUUGCACAACAGAAACUGGAUCAACUAUGCAGCUCUGCAGUAACAACAAUGAUCAUUUGCAGCAAGCUACUUCUAAUGCAACAUUUUCUGCACUAAACAUUCCAUCCUGCAAACCAGAAAAUGGGCUCUUUUUCAGGCCACCAUUUUCAUCAAAUCCAGAUGGAGAUCUUCCCAACAACAAUUUCCUGUUUUCAUCCUCAGAAGAUAUAUCAGGACAAUCAAACAAGGGUGCAUUGGAUGUUUCCUCAAUUCUGUUCAACUUAUCCCCUAACUUAUUAGGCGAUCUCAACACUAAGAACUCAGAAAGCAUCGAUUUUGAUGGCUCGCAACAGCAUAAUUUCAACAGCUUUUCAAUCAGUUCAUCAUCUCCAGAGAUGCAAGAAGGGAUCAGCAUGGAGAAUGAUGAUUCAGCAGGAGGAGGGCUGAGGAAAGGUCAAAGGGAUAGUGGUGAUGAUGAUGAAAAUCUUCAAUGGGGUCAAAUGAGAUCAAUGGGAUUCCCUUUCAGUUUGCCUAAUCUGCCAUGGGACUCACCAAAUGCUAGUGAAAUUUCCACUACUUACUCAAACAAGUGUUAUACAUAAAAUCAUGUUUAUAAUUAAGGAGCAAACUGUAAUCGUCAGUCUUGAAUAUAUCAGAAAAUCCCUGUUGCAUAAAGCUUCUUCUAAAUUCUAAAUUUGCUCUCAUGUAAAUAUAAUUAUACUGCGACAACUAUUGUAAAUCUCAUGUAUCCCCUAAAUGUUGAAUAGAUACACUCUUGUAAAAAUUUGAGUAUAUUAGUCGGCUUGUAGCUUGCUUUAAACUUCUUUUUCUUUUAACAUUUGUUAAUAGUGC